GAUUAGUCUGUGAAGUAAUUCGGUUUGAGAAAGAUGCAGAUUCACGGAAAAUUAGUGAAAAGUGAAAUUUUCCUUAUUCUUGGAAUAGUUUUUCUUCUUUUUGGGGAUUCCAAUGGGAGAAUUUCGGAUUCUCUGAAAGUUACAUUGUCCCAUGGUGGGGGUAUUAUUGGGAGGUAUUUGAGAUCAUUUCGUGGACAUGGAAUUCGCGCUUUUAUGGGAAUUCCAUAUGCUGAGCCCCCCAUUGGGAGUUUAAGGUUCAAUAAUCCCGUACCCAAGAGUGCAUGGAGUGGAUAUUUGGAAACUGUGUCCAAUGAGGCUGCAUGCCCGCAAUUUGAUAUGAUGAGAAGAAAAGAAUAUAUUGGAAAAGAAGAUUGUCUGUACGUGAAUGUUUAUAGUCCUCAAUUUCCUAAUACAACUGAAAAUCUACCUGUGAUGGUAUUUUUCCACGGUGGAGGUUUUCAACAGGGAUCCCCUUAUUACUACACGCCAGACUUUUUCUUGGAUCACGACGUUGUUUUAGUUGUUGGAAACUACCGCUUAGGUGCUCUUGGCUUUCUUACAACAAACACCAGCGACAGUUCGGGGAAUUUUGGGCUGAAGGACAUGGUGGAAAUUCUCAAAUGGGUUCAGCAGAAUAUUGGAGCUUUCGGUGGAAAUAGGGAUCAAGUAACAAUUUUUGGCCAAAGUGCUGGUGGUGCUUCUGUGACGUAUUUAAUGUCGUACCCAUCAGCCAAGGGACUUUUUCACCGAGCAAUUUCCCAAAGUGGAACUCUCCAUUCACCGUGGACAUUCAAAAAUACCACCCAAGCACUGCAGAUGACACUGAGGCUUGCCCAUGAAUUGAGGUGUGAGCGUGGGCGUCAGGAUAAUUGGAGCAAAUUGGUCGAAUGCCUACGACAUAAAUCGGCCGAGAGUAUUGUGCAGAGUACUUCAGAGCUACAUUAUUGGAUGGGAUUCCCAUUGGCAGUAUUCAACCCGACGCUAGAAAAAGAUCGGGAAGGUGCAUUUGUAGCUGAACAUCCGGAAAAUAUUGUACGUGAUAAUCAUGGCCAAAAUAUUCCACUCUUAAUUGGUUUAACGAGUGAAGAGGGUGCCUUUACAACAGCAUCGAUUACAGAUAAACCGCGCCUUGUUCAAGAAUUAAAUGAUCAAUGGAGGAGAAUUCUCCCGCAUUUACUCUUCUACGGUGAUUUCAACGAAGAUAGACGGACCACAAUCACAGAAUCAAUAAAUACCUUCUAUUUCAACGGCAAGGAAGGACGACCAGCAAUUGAAAUGCUGCAGAACUUUACAAACGUAUUUACAGACUUUGUAUUCUUAAAAGGAUUCAAUAAAUUUCUUCAGAGACGAUUUGGCGAAAAUCAGGACUUUGCAGACACAUACGUUUACCUAUUCUCACAUCGUGGUGAAGGAAGCUAUAGUGAUUUAGUAGCAGGACCCAAUAGUAAAGACUACGGUGUCUGCCAUGGUGAUGAUAUAUUUUAUUUGUUCCCCUACUUCGAUAAAUUGUCCUUUAGGUCAGCACCUAGUUCAAAGGAUAUUUUAAUGCAAGAAACUUUAGUCAAACUUUGGGUUAACUUUGCCACUCAGGGAAAACCAACCCCUGUGGAGAAUCUUGACAUUGAUUGGGUACCAGCUGAUAAAUUUCCCUUCAAUUACCUACGAAUUGGCAAUUACAGAAAUUCAAAUAAGUCAAUUUUUGGCAUGGAAAAUGAUUUGUGGGGGGAAAGAAGUGAAUUUAUGAGGAAUAUCUACUGAAAUUUUUAUAAAUCAAAAAUAAAUGUUUAAAUGAAUUGGCAGCGUGGUCGUAAUAAUCCAUGAGAAACCCUUAUAGCUUAUAGGAUAUAAUUUAACAUUCCACAGGACGAUUAACCCUGAUAACAGCGGUUCUCGGCAUCCCGAAUUAUACUCAAUGGACCACAUGUAAAUUUAUACUAAAAGUUCUUAUAGAAAUUUACUCAAGUGGAAAUAUUCAAA